AUGGUGGAAGGCAACAAGUUGGUUCCUCAAGAUGACACGAAGGAUACCUCUCUGGCCAUCCUGAGAAAUAAGAAGUCUCCAAAUCGUCUCUUUGUAGAAGACGCCACAACAGACGACAACUCUGUGGCGUGCUUGUCGCCAGCCAAGAUGGAGGAACUUGGCCUAUUCCGUGGCGACACUAUUCUAAUUCGUGGAAAGAAACGUCGUGACACAGUUCUCAUCGUCCUGACGGACGAGGAGACAGAGGACUCGAAAAUCCGUCUGAACCGUGUGGCGCGCAACAAUCUCCGCGUUAAGCUUGGUGAUCUAGUCAACGUUCAUGCAUGCCAUGAUAUCAAAUACGGUAAGCGCAUUCAUGUCCUUCCCUUCGAUGACAGCGUUGAGGGCCUGCAAGGUAACCUAUUCGACGUGUACUUGAAGCCUUACUUCCUCGAAGCAUACCGACCAGUGCGCAAAGGUGAUACUUUUAUUGUGCGUGGAAGCAUGCGUGCAGUGGAGUUUAAGGUGAUUGAAACAGACCCCGCGGAGUUCUGUAUCGUGGCACAGGACACUGUGAUUCACACUGAGGGUGAACCAGUGCGUCGUGAAGAUGAAGAGGCCAACCUUGCUGAUGUCGGCUAUGACGAUAUUGGUGGCUGCCGUAAACAAAUGGCACAAAUUCGCGAGAUGGUUGAGCUCCCUCUUCGUCACCCCCAGCUUUUCAAAAGUAUUGGUAUUAAGCCGCCGCGUGGUGUUUUGAUGUUUGGUCCUCCCGGUACAGGCAAGACGCUUAUGGCGCGCGCAGUUGCGAACGAGACGGGUGCAUUUUUCUUCCUCAUCAACGGUCCUGAAAUCAUGAGCAAGAUGGCUGGUGAAAGUGAGUCGAACUUGCGCAAGGCUUUCGAGGAAGCCGAGAAGAAUUCGCCUGCGAUCAUCUUCAUUGAUGAGAUCGACUCAAUUGCUCCUAAGCGCGAGAAAACUAAUGGUGAGGUUGAACGCCGCGUUGUCUCGCAGCUUCUAACGCUUAUGGAUGGUCUGAAGGCACGUUCGAACAUCGUGGUCAUGGCCGCGACGAAUCGACCGAACUCCAUCGACCCUGCACUUCGCCGCUUUGGUCGCUUUGACCGUGAGGUGGACAUUGGUAUUCCUGACCCCACAGGUCGUCUUGAAGUUCUCCGUAUCCACACCAAGAACAUGAAGCUCGCCGAGGACGUGGAUCUCGAGCAAAUUGCAUCUGAGACCCACGGUUAUGUUGGUUCGGACAUUGCAUCACUUUGCUCUGAGGCCGCCAUGCAGCAGAUUCGCGAGAAGAUGGAUUUAAUUGACCUCGAUGAGGACUCAAUCGACGCCGAAGUGCUCGACUCUCUUGGUGUAACAAUGGAAAACUUCCGCUUUGCUCUAGGUGUAUCGAAUCCAUCUGCUUUGCGCGAGACGGUGGUGGAAGUGCCGACAACUACAUGGGCAGACAUUGGUGGUCUCGACAAGGUCAAGCAAGAACUGCAAGAGACCGUGUCGUACCCUGUCGAGCACCCCGAAAAAUUCCUCAAGUACGGCAUGUCUCCUUCGAAGGGUGUGUUGUUCUAUGGUCCUCCUGGUACUGGUAAAACGUUGCUGGCCAAGGCUAUUGCCCACGAAUGUCAGGCCAACUUCAUCUCUAUCAAGGGCCCAGAACUGUUGACCAUGUGGUUUGGUGAGUCGGAAGCCAAUGUGCGAGAUGUUUUCGAUAAGGCUCGUGCAGCUGCGCCCUGUGUUAUGUUCUUCGAUGAGCUUGAUUCCAUUGCUAAGUCGCGCGGCGGCUCAUCUGGUGACGCUGGCGGUGCUGGUGACCGCGUUAUCAACCAGAUUUUAACAGAAAUGGACGGUAUGAACGCAAAAAAGAAUGUGUUUGUCAUUGGCGCUACGAAUCGUCCCGAACAGAUCGAUCCUGCCAUCCUGCGUCCUGGUCGUCUUGACCAGCUUAUUUAUAUUCCGCUUCCCAACGAGGCAUCACGUUUGGACAUUCUCAAGGCUACACUCAAGAACUCGCCUGUGUCGCCCAAGGUUGACCUUGGUUUCUUGGCCAAGCACACGCAUGGCUUCUCUGGUGCCGAUUUGGCGGAGGUGUGCCAGCGUGCUGCCAAGAUUGCUAUUCGCGAGUCUAUUGAGGCUGACCGUCGUCGCGAACAAGAGCGCAAGGAGCGCGGCGAUGAUGUCAAGAUGGAGGAAGAAGGCGCAGCGCAGGAGUUAGAGGAUGACCCUGUUCCUGAAAUCACCUUGGCUCACUUUGAGGAUUCGAUGCGCUUCGCACGUCGUUCGGUCUCUGACGCUGACAUUCGCCGUUACGAGAUGUUUGCUUCAACUAUGCAGCAGAGCCGGGGUACGAUGGGUGCCUCUUUCCGGUUCCCUGAGGGUGGUAUCGAUGACUCUUCUCCGUCUGGUGCAUCGACCCAGCAGGUAGCUACUGCUGCCCCUGGGGCUGCGCCUGCACCGGCUGCAUUCGGUAAUGAUGAUGCCGAUGAUGACCUUUAUGCGUAA